AUGGCCACGACAACCUCGCAGCUGCGGCUCCACGUUUGCUCACACUUGCAUACCGGGAUGCCAUACGAGGAAGAAGAUGUGGAGGAAGAGAUGGAGAUGCAACGCCCGGGCACCCUUUUCGGGAUCGAAGAUGACUGCAGUGACUACAGCGACUACGUCAGCGGGUUCGGGAAUUACCGUGGCUUUAGUGACUACGACGACUACGACGACCACGAAAGCUUCGACGACGGACCGUUUCUCCCUGGCGAGGAGUGGAGCAAAAUGGCCGUGGAACGCGCCAGGGCUCUUCGACCCAAGAGCUCUACCGUGUCAGAGAUUCUCGGGGAGCUUUGUUAUGCUCGCUGGAUCUUCCUGCGCAGCAACCGUUUCAACCGUCUACCAUUGGAGGCGCGGCACCUGAUUCGCUCGUUCGUGCUGAGCCCGACAGCAGAGAUGGCUGGCCGAAAGAUUGUCGGUUUACAUAACGGGCAUGCCUUUGCCUUCCACUCGAUGGCGAGCUUGCCGGCCGGAAAACUCAUGUGCCAAGUGGGCAGGGACGUCUUUGUCGACAAAGUGUGGUCUUUGGCAGAUUAUUGCACGAGCCUGGGCUGCCCAGUUUCCGAAGAAGCUCCCGUGGCUCUUGCCACCCGCGGUUUGGAGAACCUCUGCUCUUGCAAUGAGCCGCUAAUUCCAAUACCCGCUGAGUUUGCUGUGAUUAUUCAAGGCGAUGCGUCGCCGGCAGAGUCUUCCUUUGACAUGAUUCUGAUGGACUCAGCCCACAGCUGGUUCGACGACGUCGAGGUGUACGGGGAAGGAGGCAGAGAAAGCGACGAGGAGCACAAAGAAUGGCCGGCUCGCCGGCAAGGCAAGAUUCCGCGAGACCCUGAGCGCCAUCUUCGACAGGGGAGCGCAAAACGGGCUUUUCCGCCGAAGCUGCCGCAGGAUGUUGAACUGCAACGCCAGUUGGAGAACUGCGAAGUCCACAAUGACGGAUCUUGGAGCCAGAGGAUUCGCAACCUGCUCCUGCAGGGCGCAAACCCGAUUCACUGCACGACAACGUUCGAGAAGGUUGGCAACGCGAAGGCCUCGCUGCGAGCUCAACUGGACGGCCUACGUGCCGGCCGACUCUGCCCGCACCAAGCGCACUUCUCGUACAGGUACGCGGACAACUUCGAAGCAAUCAAGACGUCCGCGCAAGACUUCAUGGAUCACCUGGGAAGGCUUGAUGAAGUCCUCGAACUCCUACCGGCUGUGGUCAAGGUUUGGGAAAGAGCUGUCCCGGCACCCGUCAUGUGGUGUUCCAAGGACUGUUUACAUGGCCGUGGGGUCCUACGUCCCGACGCUGCUUGCUUGCUUCAAGCUCUGCAUGCCACUCCACGUGCACAGCUCUCAGAUCAGACGGACAUCCUGGCUUUGGCAGAGAGGAUACGGAACAUGCAGCAGAGCUGGAAGGCACCACCUCCGCUUUCAAAGGAGCAGCGAAAACAAGAGAAGCGACAGCGACAGCGCCAGCGGAAGCGCGAGCGUGUGGCAACUCCCGCGGUUGCUGAAGAGCAGCUGCUUCUGAGGCUGUGGUCGUCCGAGUCCAAGAACGGCCCUGGUGCAAGAUGCAACCUGUGUGGGGUACGAGGCGAUCACUUAUUAUUCAGCAGGAAGCAAAGGAGCAAAGAACAUCUCAAACGCUGUAAGCAGUGCAUAGAGGCUCAAAAACUGGGUGUGGUUAAACACGCCAAGUAUUUGGAAAGGCGUCGCUGGCUUUGA